AUGUCUGCAGAAAAUGUGGAUUGGCUUCAGAGAAUCAAAGAUGAUUUCUUAAUCAAAUCCGAUUUCAAUGUCAUUACCAUAGAUUGGAGCGAAUUGUCUAAAAAUCCAAUAUAUCCGUGGUCUGCGUUUAGUACUAGAUAUGUUGGUAAAAAAACCGCUAAACUAUUAGAUGCCAUUGCAAGAACUUAUGGCGUAGAUGGCAAGUCCAUGCAUUUGAUAGGUCAUAGUUUAGGUUCUCAUGUUAUGGGGUAUACGGGUUUAUUUUCGAACCAAAAGAUACAUAGAAUCACUGGUCUGGAUCCUGCUCGACCUCUCUUUGAACUUCCAUUAAUGCCACCAAAUUGUCGUCUAGAUAAAAGUGACGCAGAAUUUGUAGACAUUAUUCAUACCUGUGCUGGAAUUUACGGGUAUGCAAGGAGCCACGGGCAUGCUGAUUUCUAUGCAAACAGUGGGCGGCCAAAACAGCCUGAGGGUUGCAGCCACGGGCGUUCAAAUCUGUACUUCGGGGAAUCGAUAGACUCGAAAAUUCCUUUUACUUCUUAUCCAUGUGAAAGUUGGGACAAGUUUGAGAAUGGGGAAUGCAAAGAAAACCCUGCAAAUAUGGGAUAUCCUGUUCCAACAGAUAUUCAAGGAGACUAUUAUCUUCAUACAAAUAGUGAACCAGAAUUUGCAAGAGGUGAUGAGUUCUAG